AUGUCAACAUAUUUCAUACAACAGCAACAAAAGUCACCAUGUCCUGGUAAAUAUUGUGGCAUACAAGACAAUAGUACAACAUGUGGGGCAUGUACUCGCGGUUAUCGUUCAGAGAACGGAAUUUGUCUACCGUGUGAAGAUAGUUUAUCGUUGUACAAUGUCAUGUACUUAUGUUUUAUGACCUUAUUAGCUCUAAUUUGUCAUUGGGGAUUCUUUACAUAUUCAUUGAGGAAACAAAAGGACUUAUCACUUUACAUAUUAAUUAGGUUGUCUACGGUGUAUGUAUUAUCAUUUGUCGAACUUAGUAUUGCGUUUUUAUUAACAUUACUUGUAUUUCCUCCCUACGGUAAAUUAAAUAUUCAUGUAUGUCAAAUUAAGAUGUUAAGCGAUUUUUAUCCCGUCUUCUAUAAUCCUGUUGUGAAUUAUACCAAAAAACUUCGAUGUUCAUAUGAAGUUGUUUAUCCACUCCAAAGUGCUGUAUUUGUCUUGUAUAUAUUUGCCACUCUGUUGAUGUUAUUAUUACGUCCAUUUCUCAUUUUUGUGUUGUAUCAAAAAAAUGUUUAUCAUUCAAUUUAUACAGCAUUACAUUUCUACCCAUGUUUAAUGAUAUUUCAUGCCAUUGCGGCUGGGCUUAUAUAUUUUUCCUUUCCAAUUUUAACCAUUGUUAGUGCAAUUAUUUUUAAUGCCGUACACUUUACACAUGUCGGACAUACACAACAGAAAUGGUUCAAAUUUGUUCGUUUAUUACGUGGAGAUGUUCGAAAUUGGAUAUGUUAUUGUCUACAUGUUAUACUUCUAUUGUGUGGUUUAAUUAGUUUGACAAAAUUGGAAAGUUUAAAAGUAUUGUUAGCUUUCGCAUUUGUACCAGCACCAUUAUAUAUUUUAUUAUGGAAAUUUGCUGAAUACUAA